GGAGGAGCCCGGCCUGCUGUCCAGGCUCGGCCGCCGCGGGCGUGCCCAGAUAUACGCGCACACGCCCGGCCGCCCCGCGCUCGCAGUCCCACGUUUACGCGCAUGAGAACUUUUUUCCACCAUCGAUUUUUGUAACGCAGACUUUCAAAGCGGAACACCAGCACUUCAGAGGAAAUCAACAUGUCCGAAGACUUGACCAAGAAAACCGAAGAUUUGACCUUGGAAAACCCAACGACCGUGUUGUCGAACAAGAAGGACUUCAACUCCAAGCACCCCUUGAACAGCAAAUGGACAUUGUGGUACACAAAGCCGCAAGUGAACAAGUCUGAGACCUGGGCUGAUUUGUUGAAGCCGGUGAUCACGUUCGACACCGUGGAGGAGUUCUGGGGCAUCCACAACUCGAUUCCCGUGGCCAACCAGUUGCCAAUUAAGUCCGACUACCACUUGUUCAAAGAGGGCAUCAAGCCCGAGUGGGAGGACGAGAAGAACGCCAAGGGCGGCAGAUGGCAGUACGCGUUUGUCAACAAGAGAGAAGCCAACCCCGUGAUCAACGACUUGUGGUUGCGCGGGUUGUUGGCCGUGAUUGGCGAGACGAUCGAGGACGACGAGAACGAGGUCAACGGCAUUGUGUUGAACAUCAGAAGAGGCUACAGAGUCGCCAUCUGGACCAAGGACUGCGACUCGGCCAAGUUGAAAACCAUCGGCGAGAGAUUCAAGAAGGUCUUGAAGUUGGCCGAUGACCAGAAGUUGGAGUUCAUGUCCCACGACACCUUCAACGCCAAGGGCGAGCCCCAGCUCUCCGUCUAAGCUUUCUCUUUGUAUGCGAGACCCCUCUUUGUAUACCUAAACAUAUAUAACGACCAC